GCUCGUCUGAAUUGGUAAAGUAAAUCCUAUACAGCAUAGGCAUCGAGACAAAUGGCAAGCGGCGGCAAGUAUCCAAACGCGAAAGUCUGCGUCACCAGAGCGAUUCGAUUAUCCAGAUUACAGAGUAAUUAGUAGAUUCUUUAAUGGCCCUCGUCCGAAAUUUUCUACUCUACUCUACUGCGUCUCGUCUCGAUGACGGCUACAACUCCAAUGGCGAGCGAGCUAAUCUACUCUACUCUCUUGUUCCUUUCUUCCCUUUGGGCUCACCUCACCUCACCUUGCCGCCGACCCGCCACCUUUGCUGAUUUUCUCUUUGGUUUUGUCUAAAGGCUCGACCUGUCAAUAGAUUGAUGUGAAAUGUAAUGAUUUGUUGGGUUUUUCUCUUUCUGAUGCAGCGCGGCCAAGAAGCCUGCCGACGAUGCUGCAGAUCCGAGCGGCAUGGACUCCGGAUGGGUGGUUCUUGGGAAAUCGGACAUCUUCCUGGCGGAUUUGGCCGCGGCGGCCGCCGCUGCCGAUGAUUCCUAUCUGCUAAGAAUUGGGAACAGCAACUGUGUGUGUAUCAAAAUCAAAAUAGGAUCUUCCGAAUUGUGUGAUUGGCUACGCCCCAUGUUUCUCUCUCAGGGCGCAGAUGGUUCUUGGCGGCGUGGUUUACACGGUCGUGCCGUUCUACAAGAGGGUCAGGAAGGUUCAAGCGAAGCGUUAGACAACGCUGAAACUGCAGAGGAGGUUGUGGAGCAUAUCGCCGAGGUGACAGAGAAGCUGGCUGCUAAUGUAGCCAAUUCCCUACCAGAGGAUGGAACUCCGCAGAAGGUAGCCGUGGAGGUUGAGUACAUUGCUGAAGUAGUGGAUAAGGAUGCGCAUAAGGUUGAAGCGGUCAUCAACAAGAUCGAAGCACUGAGUGACCAGAUUGACGCCGCAGUGGAGCCUGUCAUUGAAGAGCUCGAGAAUGACUUCAAACCGAACACAACAUCCUCUAGUGGAUCAGAUGGACAGAAAUAAUGGUUCAUGUAGAUUCCCGGGGGGGGGGGGGGGGGGGUGUAAACAGAAGCGUUCCUUGUUGUAAAUAAUGUUUCUUUUUUCUCCUUCUUUCUGAAUUCCUUCAUGUAAAUAUAUGCUCGCUAUGAACUAGAACCGCGCCAUGGUUAUAGUAAGAUAUGGUGAUGGUGUGUGCUGGGUGCUCGAAUCUGGAGCGUCCUGAUGGUCAAAAUGUAUCGACAACAAUUACACUGAUUGUGGAAUCUUAUACUGCUGUUGUAUCGCAA